UCUGCAUCCACCUCUCUAAGCAAGGAACUUGGACCAAGAAGUCUCGUCUGUUGUUAACUCUCGCGCGCGGUGACGUCAUGGGUCUUACCGGCCCAGGAAAUAACUGCGAAGGCGAUAUGUGUGGGGGCUGCGUGAAGACGGAGUACCCGACUCGGGGUAACACCUGCUUAGAGAAUGGAUCUUAUUUGCUGAACUAUGUGGCUUGUAUUGAAUGCAAACAGAGGGAUUUUGUGAUGAUAACAAACAGAGCAAUAGAAGAAGAAGACGGAGAGGAAAUUAUCACUUAUGAUCAUGUAUGUAAGAACUGUCACCAUGUGAUCGCCAGGCAUGAGUAUACUUUCAGCGUAGUGGAUGAUUACCAGGGGGAGAUAGAGUGCUUUCACACUUCUAAACAGGAAAAGAGACCUCAGUUUGGACACACAAUACACUUUAAAAUGAAUACACCAUGCUCUGCAUGCUCUGUGGCAGAGCAGAAGAUUCCAUCAGUGUCUUGCCUGAUGACCCUCAUCUGAUGACUCCAUUAUUCUGAAGUCUUUAAAAAAGUGCUAUUGUGUUGAUUUGUAUCCAGUUACAGCAAGUCAUUAAAUAGACAUUUUUUAAAAAAAAAAA